AUGACCAUCGAAAAUGACGAUUCUGCACUAAGCUGUAAAAUUGUCAUAAUUGGAAACUCAGGUGUAGGUGAAACAAGUUUAUCCAGCCGAUGGAUCAAAGGCGAGUAUAAUGAAGUUAUUGAAUCAACAAUUGGCGCAAACCACAUGUCUAAGCGUAUAUCUACUGAUGGGCAGGACUUAAAUAUACUUAUAUGGGAUACUGCUGGCCAAGAAAGAUUUAAAUCUCUGGCUCCUAUGUAUACUCGGAGUUCAUCUGCAGUUGUGCUUGUAGUUUCAACGACAGACAUGGAUUCUUUCUUUGCUAUUGACUACUGGAUGGAUGUAAUUUCAGAAUCAAAUUCUGUAGUUCCUCCAUUUAUUUUGGCAGUAAAUAAAAAUGAUCUUAAUCCUCCAAGUUCUGAGAUGGAAGAUUAUAUAGAAUCCAUGAAAAGCAGAUUUGAAAGCAUAUUUUUCGUUUCUGCUGCCUCUGGAGAAGAAGUUGAUAAUUUAUUCGUCAGUACUGCAAAAUCUGCCUAUAAUUUUAUUGUACAACAUGCGAAAAUACGUAUUCCAACUAAUAUUGCGGCUUCAAACAAAACAAAGUCAUGCUGCUGA